AUGACGUUGUCAGCUCAGACCAUUAUAGGAAAGAUUUUGGUCAUUGGCGUGUUUGCGCUCACCAUUAUCACAGUGAUAAUUUACUUUAUUAUGUCUACGUACCCUUUAGAAUCGUGUGACUACCCUGGAAAAAUAAUAGCUGCAGCAGAAGUGUUGGCUAAUGGGUUCUUUGCAUUUUGCUUUGUAUUACGGUUCAUUGCUGCCAGUGACAAGCUGAAAUUCUGGCUAGAGCUGAACUCUAUAGUGGAUUUUUUGACUAUUCCGCCAGUUUGUGUUUUGGUUUAUUUAGGGAAAAACUGGCUUGGACUUCGCUUCAUCCGGGCUCUUCGGUUGUUAGAACUACCCAAAAUUUUACUGUUACUCAAAAUAACUAAAACCAGUGCUGCUAUCAAGCUCUCAAACCUGCUAGCUGUUUUCCUUAGUAGCUGGCUGACAGCAGCUGGAUUUCUGCACCUGCUUGAAAAUACAGGAGACCAAUGGCUAGACUACGAUAACUCUCAGCGCAUGAAUUACCUUGAAUGCAUAUAUAUGCUUAUGGUGACUAUGUCAACUGUGGGUUAUGGAGAUAUUACAGCCAAAACUACCCUAGGCCGAAUCUUCAUGAUAUUCUUCAUCGUUGGAGGACUAGCUCUGUUUGCCAGCCAUGCUCCAGAAAUCGUGGAUAUUGUGGGAAGCACUAAAAAGUACAAUGGGACAUAUGUUGUGAUGGGACGAAGAAAACAUGUUGUAGUCUGUGGGUACAUAACACUAGACAGUGUGAAUUCAUUUCUCAAGGACUUCAUGGACAGAGAUAAAGGGAGGACCAGCACAGAGGUCAUCUUUAUGGGAGAAAUCAUCCCAAAUUUGGAGCUGGAGACUCUGUUAAAACGUUAUCACGCGCAAACUACGUUUUUCUAUGGAUCUGUGCUAAAUGUCGACGACCUGAAAAGAGUAAAGAUGGAUCGCGCAGAUGCAUGCUUGGUUUUAGCUGACAAACAUAGCUCUGAUCCGGAACAUGAAGAUGCUUGUAACAUUAUGAGGGUCAUAUCGAUCAAACACUAUUACCCCCAAACUAGAGUGAUUAUACAGAUUCUGCAAACGUACAGCAAAACUCACCUGCUCAAUAUCCCCGGCUGGAAUUGGGAAAUCGGCGACAGCAUCAUCUGCCUUUCAGAGCUUAGACUGGGGUUUAUGGCCCAGAGCAGCCUAGUCCCCGGGCUCUCCACUGUGCUAAUAAACCUGUGUUCAGUGACCGAUAAUAUACAGGUGGAUGAAAAUAGCUGGUGGUGGCAUUAUCUGGACAGCAUCAACAACCGCUUGAUGACAAGUGUGCUCUCCAAUGCCUUUGUGGGAAUGUCUUUUAACGAGGUGUGCAGAGUCUGCUUCAUACAGAUGAACAUUGUGCUGGUGGCGAUUGAAUACAGGUCUAACUCAGGAGUCAGUAUUUUAGUGAAUCCAAGAGCACAGGUAAAACUACAAGAAAACACUGUUGGAUUCUUCAUUGCAAGAUCUUCGUGUGAAGUGCAGAGGUCUUCUGUAUACUGCACGGUUUGCCACAAUGACAUUUCCAAUCCCUUACUCAUCAAGAAAUGUGCAUGCAAAAGCCCUUCUCCGUGCGCUUCAUCAGAACGUAUUAUGCUGACUCCUGUAAAAUCAUUGGAUAAACUGUCUCUUUCUGAUAUCAGACAUCUCGCAAGCGAGACGGACGAGGAGGGGCAGACAGCUUUGGACUCUACAGGGAUGUUUCAUUGGUGCAAAGAGGUUCCACUCGAAAAAGCUGUACUGACACACAAAGCAGCUGUGUAUAAGAACUUUCACAAUCAUAUUGUCGUCAGUGUCUUCGGAGACAGUAACUCUACCUUGAUUGGACUGCGGGACUUUGUCAUGCCUUUACGAGCCAGCAACCUGACCUAUGAUGAGUUGAAACCAAUAGUGUUUCUUGGGCCCUUGAACUAUCUGGAAAGGGAAUGGAAGUACAUUGAAAACUUCCCACAGCUGUUUGUUUUUCCCGGUUCUGGACUGUCCAGCGUAAAUCUAAGGUCUGUGAACAUACAUUCAUGCUCCAUGUGUGCCAUUAUAUCUUCCAUCUGGACCGGCAAAACUACUCAGUAUAUGGAGGACACUGAGUGUAUACUUUCCACUAUUAAGAUGAGGUCCAUGAUCCCUGAGGCUACAGCUGCUGACUCAGACCUCCUGUGCUUAUCGGAUCAGAAGAAACCGGCGCCAAGGAUUCCGGUGAUCACAGAGCUGAGUAAGUCAUUCUGA